UACUUGAUUGAUUAUUUUGUAAACGAACAAUUCAGUAGCUCUUUAGCCAGCAAUUCGAAGUCAUUGCCUUAUUCGAAUCAGUGUAUCUAUGUUCUUAACCAGGGACUGUGUUACCGAAGUUACUGGCAUCAGAACACAAAGACUACAGCACACAAGGAUGACGGUUGCAGCGUAGUUCCUGAUAGGUUAUCGAUGUUCAGUGUGGUAACAAGCGAACUACCCUCACAGCGCGCGCUACCUUCGUUCAUACAUAGGGUUGCCGGCAUCGGAGAAAGUAGACUAAACAGUGGCUAGACGUUGGCUAGAGGUGGACCGCACUGUCAGCGAUGACGUCCCUCAGCUGAGAGCAGUACAGACCCGAGUCCGAGGUCUUCACGUGCCCGAGCCCUGCUGCCGUCCCCACCGCUCCCGCCUGCCAGCGCCUCCUCCAUCCCCACCGCGCCACCGUCCAGUGCCCCCCGCCGCAGAGCCAUGGUGAGCGAGUCAGACUCCGAGCCCCUGCGCCUGAAGCAGGAGAUCUCCCUGCUCCACGGCGUGUGCCUCAUCGUGGGCAACAUGAUCGGCUCGGGCAUCUUCGUGUCGCCCAAGGGCGUCCUCCAACACACGGGGUCCUUCGGCCUGUCGCUGGUGGUGUGGGCCAUCGGAGGCGUCUUCUCCGUGUUCGGCGCCCUGUGCUACGCCGAGCUGGGCACCACCAUCCGCAAGUCGGGCGCCAGCUACGCCUACAUCCUGGAGUCUUUCGGCGGCUUCCUGGCCUUCAUCCGCCUGUGGACCUCGCUGAUGAUCGUGGAGCCCUCCUGCCAGGCUGUCAUUGCCCUCACCUUCUCCACCUACCUGGUGCAGCCUUUCUACCCCACCUGCAUGGCGCCCUACGCCGCGGUGCGCCUCAUUGCUGCCCUCAUCAUCGGCCUCCUGACCUUUGUGAACUGCAUGAAGGUCAAGUGGGGCGCUAUCCUGCAGGUGGUUUCCACGGUGGCCAAGAUCCUGGCCCUCAUCGUCAUCAUCGUGGCCGGCAUGGUGGUGCUGUUUCAAGGAAAGACGGAGAACUUCGAGGACUCCUUUAAAGGCUCCAAGCUGAACCCUGGCGACACGGCCUUGGCCCUAUAUGCUGCGCUCUACUCCUAUUCCGGCUGGGACACCCUGAACUUCAUCACCGAGGAGCUCAAAAACCCUAAGAGGAACCUCCCGCUGGCGAUAGCGAUAUCCAUGCCCAUCGUCACGGUGAUAUACAUCCUCACCAACGUGGCCUAUUACGCAGUGAUGGACGCGGAUACCGUGCUGAACAGUGAGGCCGUGGCUGUGACGUUCGCUGAUGAUGUACUGGGAUACGCGCGCUGGCUCAUUCCCCUCUCUGUGGCCAUAUCCUGCUACGGUGGCCUCAACUCCUCCAUCAUCGCCACGUCCAGGUUGUUCUUUGUGGGAUCCCGGGAAGGGCAUCUGCCCAAUCUCCUCUGCAUGAUCCACGUCAAGCGCUUCACCCCCAUCCCGGCCCUCCUCUUCAAUGGUGGCAUGUCUCUGAUAUUCCUGUGCGUGACGGACGUGUUCCAGCUCAUCAACUAUUUCAGCUUCAACUACUGGCUGUUCAUUGGCCUGUCCAUAGCCAGCCUGAUUUACCUGCGGGUCAAACGGCCUGAACUGCACCGGCCAGUCAAGUUGAGUCUGUUCUUCCCGAUCGUGUACUGCCUGUGCAGUGUGUUCCUGGUGGUGGUUCCGCUCUACAGUGAUACCAUCAACUCCAUGGUGGGGAUCGCUGUGGCUCUCUCCGGAGCCCCAGUCUACUUCCUCUGCGUGUACCUGCCCCCCAGCUCCCGCCCCGCCUUCCUGGGAGAGAUGCUCGACUUCGUCUCCGUCAGCACCCAGAAGCUCUGCCUCUGCUGCGUGGCUGACCCGGGGCUGGACCUGGACAACCUGCCAGACGACAAGCAAGCAUGGAACUACGGUCCUCUGACAGAACAUCGCCACAGAAGGAGCGAUUUCGUGCAGGGGGACUAGUCAUAGGUAAUCUACACCAUGCGUGAUUUAGUGCGACUGCCCCUUGGUUAACAUUUCAAAGCUGAUGGUUGCCAGCUUUUCACUGUAAAUCCUCUUUCUCUGCACACCCCAAGCUUUCAUAAGUCAGUUCCGUAUGACUUGGAUAUUUCGGUUUCCUUUUUAGAAUAGUGUGACUACGCAAAUUAUGGCAACAUCUGGUGCACACAAUGAUGUGCAAAUAUAAAAUGGCAAGGUGACAGGUCCUAGAGAAAUGUCUCUGGCACGCGUACGUCCUGCUGUGAGAGGAUUUAAAUGUAAUAUUUGAGUAUUCAUUAGUUUGUUAAUGUACAAUAUGCAGAGACCUCAGUUUUCUUUUUUAGGUGACGCUGAAAGGUAGACUAAGACUAUGGGUGUAUGCUGUUCUCUUUUGGGUGAUGCCUCAGGUUCUUAAGGUAACCAUAUACUUAACUCAAACCCCCAAAGUUGAGCUCAUUUCUCCAGGGUUAUUAUCGGUUGUUACAGCUUUUGCUUGAUUUUUGUUUCUUCUUUUUUUUUUUUUGACAUCAUAGUCCAAUCCAGAACUUCUUUUUAACCAAUUGCACGCAUCAAUGCACGGGGUUGGAUGUCAAGCCCCACCCAUCGACAUCCAACCCAGGCUGAUGUACUGGAAAAGCUGGAAAAUGUCAUGAAUAUGGCCUGGGAGAUGAGUUGCGUUUCUCUGCCUGGCACCAAGGACCAGAAAGCGUGCAACAAAGGACACGGCGAAAAAGCCACUGACCUCAGAGUCACGGGCAGCUCCUACUUGAACACCAACGUUUGAUCACCGAUGCUGAAAACGGGAAUAGCGCCAGUCUGCUGCACUGCCAAAGGCUCGCUUUCACAAGGCCAGCGUGACUGUGGCCCGGGGGUGACGAUGGGCCCUCACUCCAGGCUCUCGCCACCGCCGGGCUCCGCCGGAGUACUCCUCACCACUCCUGCUCGGGCGACACGAAGGAACGCGCUCAGGAACGUGCCUUAUCUUAGCCAGUCAUCGUAAUUUCACAAAGAAAUGGCUGCCUUGUGUAAUCUUCAGUGUGUGUGCAAUUUGUACUAUAUGGAGUUUAUCUGAAUGUUUUCUGUGUACUUUACUCUCCGGAGCACAACAGACUUCUACCUCCCAAUAAUCCUCAUCUUCGUUGUCCACUACUAUUUUUCAACACUCCUGUAAUUCCGGCACCUUCUGUCACUUUUGCUGUUAAGAAGUAGUGCAGUUGCACGUGUUUUGUGAAAUGCCAUGCUUCUUUGGAUACUUUGUUUUUCUGUUUGUUUGGAGAGGAAUCAUGUACAUGCCAAAUGACAAUAAACUUUCCCAUACUCGAUGCAACAAAAAUGUUAAA